AUGUUGUUCAAGGAGAGAGUACCGUUGUGGGUGUUUGUGCAGGCUGCUGUGGUUACAGUAGCGUUGUGUUUCACCGACAUGGAGACUGGGCCUGCUGGUGGAGCAGCAGCAGGUGUAACGUUUCUCUCCACUCAGAACAACAACAACGGGGAUCGCUUCAAGAUAGAAGGCAGAGCGAUAGUCCCCGGGGUGAAAACACAAGACUGGGUGUCUGCAGCCAGGAUCCUGGUGGAAGGGGAAGAGUACGUCGGCUUUGUGAGAACUGAUGGAAGUUUUGCCGUGAAUGACGUCCCGUCAGGAUCCUACGUUGUGGAAGUAGUCACCCCUACCUUUAGAUUUGAACCAGUACGUGUUGAUAUCACAUCCAAGGGCAAAAUGAGGGCGCGUCUUGUGAACUUUAUCAAGACGUCAGAAGUAAUUCGCCAGCCGUAUCCUCUUCAAAUCAGGGCUAACGGCCCUCACACCUACUUCAUGAAGAGAGAAACCUGGGGAUGGACAGACUUCCUCAUGAACCCAAUGGUUAUGAUGAUGGUUCUGCCCCUGCUGAUCAUUGUUCUGCUGCCCAAGGUGGUCAACACCAACGACCCAGAGAUGAGAAAGGAAAUGGAGCAGUCCAUGAACAUGCUGAACCCCAACCCCGAGCUUCCAGACGUCUCCGAGCUCAUGACCAAGCUCUUCUCCGGCUCCAAGGGCUCCAGCAAGGCAAGCAGCAGCAGCAAGGGCACCAGGCCGGCUGUCAAGAGGAGGUAGUAGGACACAUCACAUCCCCUCAGUCUGCCUAAAAAAGCUCAACUUAUGCCAUGGAAGCAAGAUUUUUAAGUGUCAUUUCCCCCCCCCCCCUCUGGGUCUAUUGUACAGUUCUCUUUAUUAUUAGAUGUUUUAAGCACAUCUUGAUUUCUAAUAUGCUAUUGGAAACUGAGAAAAAAAUAAGAUUUUUUUUUCAUACUGCACUGAUAGAAAUUUCUUAAACCAUGCGAAAGCUGUAAUCCUUCAUUUUGCUGUAUACUUCCUACAUGUGGCUCUACUACUCAUCAUCUUUUCUGUGCUAACCCCCUGGUGUGCAUUUUUUUCCACUGCUGCUAAUUCCACUACCUGAAAGAGAUCAUAUAUACAGAGAUUUUCUUUUUUGUUUGCGAUUUCGGUUAUAUGACUGUGAAUGAAGAUUAAUUGAAUUUUAAGACUGAUAAAUUCUUAUUUAAAAGCCUAGAUUAAUAAAUUUGCAAUGGUAUAUAACAACUGUGUUUUUAUUUCAGACCAUCUUAUUUGUUUGAGAGUGAACACAUGGCCUUCUCUUUUAUUGAAUUAUAUAUUGUGUGGUGUGCUGCCAGGAUUCGCAUACUGUACAUUACGUGUCUAACGUCUAUAAAUUAAAAAGGGAACGGCUGGCAGUUCAAAUGAUGAAAGGGCUGUGUGGUUGCUUUCAAGAUCUCUAGAGUGUAACUUAACUUUAAAUAAAGCGGACAUUCAUGUCCAUAUUAAAGUCAUAA